CGGAAACGAUGCUACGCUUUCAAAUGUAUCACAGUCUCAACGUUUUAAACACUCAACAAAUUCUUUUAUUAUUGGCACUGAACUUGAAAUGUCGCAUUCGCAGCGCAACUCGCUUGCGAGUGAACCAGCAAACAUUGAUCAGAUUAUAUUGCGGCUUAUCGAUGUGCGUCGCGUUAAGCAGCUGCAUCUAUCGGAGACGGACAUACGCCUACUUUGCACGCGCUGCCGUGAGGUAUUCAUGGCCCAGCCCAUGCUGCUGGAGUUGGGUGCGCCGGUCAAGAUCUGCGGUGAUUUGCAUGGACAGUUUCUGGACUUGCUGAGAAUGUUCGACUACGGCGGCUAUCCGCCUGCCUCCAACUAUCUGUUCCUGGGCGAUUAUGUGGAUCGGGGCAAGCAAUCCAUUGAGACGCUCUGUCUGCUGCUUGCCUACAAGAUAAAGUUUCCGCAAAAUUUCUUUGUGUUGCGCGGCAAUCACGAGAGUGCGGGCAUCAAUCGCAUCUAUGGCUUCUACGAUGAGUGCAAGCGCCGCUAUACCAUCAAACUGUGGCGCACUUUUAUCGAUUGCUACAACUGCAUGCCCGUGGCCGCGAUCGUGGAUGAGAAGAUCUUCUGUUGCCACGGCGGACUCAGUCCGGAUCUGACUUCCAUGGCACAAAUUACCAAAUUGCCACGUCCCUGCGAGGUGCCGGACAAGGGUCUGCUCUGCGAUUUGCUCUGGUCCGAUCCGGACUCAAAGAUUAUGGGUUGGGGGGAAAACGAUCGCGGCGUCAGCGUUACCUUCGGAGCGGAUACGGUGGGCAAAUUUGUCCAUCGCUUCAAAUUCGAUUUGGUUUGUCGAGCCCAUCAGGUGGUCGAGGAUGGUUACGAGUUCUUUGCAAAGCGACAACUCAUCACCAUCUUUUCCGCACCAAACUAUUGCGGAGAGUUCGACAAUGCCGGCGCUAUGAUGUCCGUGGAUGAGACGCUAAUGUGCUCAUUCUUCGUCCUCAAGCCGACCAAGAAAUUUGGUAUGCGAAAAGUCCAAUCAAAGAUUUAAUAUGCCACUUCUGACGACCAGUAAAUUGUAUGGUUUUAUAAAUAUUUGGUAUGGUGUAAACAAAGAAGAAAAUAAUAAUGAUUUUAUUUUAUAGAGAACUUGAGAAU